AUGAUGGAUGCUUUGGCGGUCGUUGUAGACCAAGUAAAUUUACGUUGCUGUGACCAAGUAAAAUGUAAAAUUUGUUGUAGGAUGACCGUUAAUGGUGAGAAGUCAAGAUGUGACAGCUUCAAUACUUUGUCGACUUCCUGUUUUGCUUUUCUUUUCCAGAAGCCAACCGAAGAUUGGUUUCAAACAUGUUGCACUGAACAUGAAUGCUUUCUGGUGGAUGCAUGCAUCCCGGCAAUUUUGCUUUUCUCCCAAAAGUAUUCUAGUAAUGCAGGGGCAAUGUUAAAUAUAUCAAAUGCAUUGGCGAGAUUGAUGGUCAUACUGAAAGAAGAAAAAUGGGUCUUGAAAGAAUACGAAGAGGAUAAAUUGUUAGAUUUUGUCUGCAGAUUCUGGGAUUAUGUUUCUGAAGCAGUAUGUCACGAUUGUGUCAGCAUUUUCGAAUCGCUAAUGAACUUGCAUCUUACCCGUUGUAUGUCGAAUGGCUGUCUUUCAUUAUGGGCUAAAAAUGUUGGAAGAUUCCUGACUGAUUUACCAUCAUCUUGUCGUGGUCGUUACCGGUGUAUCUUGGCAUAUAAUAAAAUAGUGGCAUCGUCUUCGGAAGUUCUCACGGAUAACUUCUGUAAGGAAAUAUACUCUUCAUUAUCGAAUUCAACUCUAGUUGCUGUGGCUAGUGAGCUCAUUGCUUUUGAUGCUGUCCAGAAUUUGGAUAACUCGGAUCGACUUCAACUGCACAGUCAUUUAUUACGCGCAUCACUUCAAUCACCAAAAAAAGCAAUUUGUAGUGCUGUUCAGAAACGAUUGUUACCUGAAUUUUCAAAAAAUUCUGUGCUGUUGGAGUGGGUACUUAAAGAGUUGAAAAUAUUUCAAGCAGAUAGUGUAUAUGGUACAGUCAGUCUCGAAACGUCACUUUAUAUUGCUAAAUUUUGUCUUUUCCAUCAGAAAAGGGAUGGAAAUAUUCAGGAGUGGACUUCAUUCAUUGAUGAAAGUAUAGUAAUUUCCGCACUACUAAAUGCUAUUGGACAGAUCCGUUUAAUGGCUUGGAGUCUGAUUUGUGAUCAUCCCAAAUUGGCAGUGUCAAUUUCUAGCCGCCAGUUGUUGCUAUGUAAAUGCUUUUUGGCGACCAAUAUGACUGAACAGUCACCUGCUGUCAGAUUGACAAUAUUGUCUGGUUUGAAGAAGAUAUUAAUUCGGAUUCGUGAAAAUGGCCAAAAUAUUUUGAAAAGUGGUAGUGAUGAAAACGAGUUAAAUCCAUAUGUGAAUUUUAUCUGCUGGUUGCGUGAUUUCUGUUUCCAAAAUUUAGUGCAAUACGCUAACUUCAACAGGCGUAUAAUGGCUCUUCAAAUGCUGGAAUAUCUUUUUCUGGAAAACUACUUAGUUAAUAAUGACAAAGAUAUGUUUUUCAAAUUUUUGUCAUCAAAACUAAAGCCAACAGAGGAGCAGAUUUAUCAUGUAAUACGUUGUUUGGAUGACUCAUACCAGAUCUGUCAAAUUUCAGCUCUUCGUUUACUGUCUUCAUCAUUUUUUGAAAUUCGUGAUUUUAAUUUUGAUUCAUAUUUCGCAGAAACGAAGCAGCAGUUGUUCUCCAUUCGGUCACUAUUUACGCUCACGUCCAGUUAUCGGUUGCGCUUUUAUCUUAAAAAAAACCCUGAUAGCUUGCAGAGUGUUUUUCAAUACCUUCUUAAUUUGUGUAAAGAUCGAGUAAAACUUAUCUCAGAGGAUUUUCUAAUGAUAGCAAGCAACCAAGGCUUCGUCUAUUCCAUAUUAAGCGCAGUUGGUGUCGCACUGGAAUUUUUGGAUUUUCAGUCCGCCGUAAAGAACGAUUGGUGUGUUACAUUGGUUAAUCAUGAUUUGUUACCGGUUUGUUUUCAAAUAAGUGAGUUGGUAUCGCCAAUUGUAAACAGUAUGUCGCCGGAAGGUUUCGUUCCUGAUGAUCAUGUAAACAUCAUUGUAGAUGUUAAUGACUCCAAAAAAUUAAAAGAUAGUGCAGAUUUCUGUCAAGCAUUACUAGCAAGUUGUUGGCGUUCACACAAAUACGUUUCUGCAAUAUUUUAUAUAAUAAUCACAAAGUGGCUUGGAAAUUCUAUACUUUCUUCGGAAACUGUUCGAUGUAUAUGCAAUUAUUACUGGCGUCAGCUGACGGAAUGUAAACAUUCUGGUGCAGUAGGAGCAUCAGUUGAAGGGUUCGAAGCAUUAUGUGCAAAACUUUGGUCGUUUUCUUUAGCCGGCAUUCCAGAAUUUGCAGAUUUACCUCAGCCAGAUGCGUGGAUAAGGCAAAUCAUAGACUUAAUUGAUAGCAAAGAGAAUAUGUUAUGUGCAACGCGUCGAAGUGCUGGUUUGCCACAUUUGAUUGCUUCAAUUCUCACAAAGGAACCAGUCAUAAAUGGUGCACAAUGUCUGAAAACAACGAUGAUAUUUAUGCUUAAAAAUAAGGGAAGAUCUUAUAAAGCACAAGUUCAUAGUAUCAAUAUUAUGCGAGCAAUUUUUCUAAACAGUCGCUUAUCAGAAGCAGUUCUCUGUUAUAUAGAACCCGCAAUGAACGUCUGUUUUGCUUGUUUUGGUUCUAGUAGUUGGACAGUACGAAGUGCUGCAUCACAGCUAUUCGCUGUUCUGAUUAAUCGAAUGUUUGGUAUCCCUCGAAGUAUGCAACUAUCACUCCAUCCAGAUGAAAAAAAUCGCUUGUCUUCUUUUGAGUUCUUCACCAGGUUUCCAUCAUUAUAUGACUUAUUACAUCUACAGUUUUAUGAAAACGAGAAAUGUGUUUCGCAACUGGGGAUGUUCGCUGUGUUGGUUCUUCUCAUCCAUCUGUUCCCCUCUCCACGACAUAACAUUUAUUCACUUGCUACUUAUAUCCUUCCACUUCUAAAAUUUUCUUUAUCAUGUCGCUCUAUGAAACUGCGUGAAUUGUCUGCAGCGACACUUAUUUCUAUUUGCGAAGUUCAGGAUGCUCAUUUCUUGUUGAAAUGGAUUUCAAAUAUUGAUCUUAUCUCAUGUACCCAAAAUGAAAUUUGUGCAAUUAUUCUUAUGUUGUUAGAACUUGCUGUCGCGUUUGAUGGGUGUGAAUUACAAAGCUGCAUAAAAUCGAUAAUAAAAAGAGUCAAAAAUGACAAGCAUUUCAAAAGAUGGUGUGAUUACAAUAGGUUUUUAUUUUUAACAUUGCUUCUUAAAACCAGAUAUCAGUUUACGGCGUUAUUCGCGGAGAAAUUUGUUUUAUCAGAUGCAGUACUGGUUUUCAGACCUUUAGCAAAAUGGAUUGCUAGAGAAGUUGAAGUUACACCUUUACGCCUUGAAUUCUGGCGAGUACUAUCGAAUUCGACUACAAUGAAGAUUACGGAAAUUGAAAUGAUACAGUUAGCAGUCCAAGAUAUUCGAAAUUCAGGGCCAUUUGUACAACAUUAUAUUUUGACACUGCUUUUGAAUAGCACAACAACACAUUCAGCAUUAUUUGACACUGGUUUUCUAAAGCAUUUCCUUCAUGAACUGAUGAAGACAAGACAAAGUAAUCGGCAUUUGGCAAACCUGCUCCUUAUAAAACUGAAUCAUAAUGAAUGGUGUUUUGAUUGGUUGUAUAGCAGCGCCGUUAACGAAGACCAAAAAAUUCAGGCAAUAGCUAUUCAGGCUCUGGAAUUGCUUUUGAAAAGAGGUACUCCAGAUAUUCAGCUAUAUAAAAUCAUCGUUGUGCUAUUGAAGAGUCAAAAUGAAGCGAUUAGAGAAAAAGCUGCAAAACUAUGUUCUCAUAUGGUUAAUCGGAAAACUGCUGCACUAAAUCCAGAAAUUUUGUUCUGGUGGUUUGCACAGUACUACCCCGAAAUUGAAGAAUUUAUUAGCCAAUGUGGUAAUUUUGGUAAUAAUGAACAUACUCGUCUUUUUGAUGCAUGCGUUUCUAACCCAUAUACCGAAGCGGUUCCAAUCUGUAGUGAGCAUUUAAGUAGUGUGUUGCAAUUAAUAUCAUGA